CCAAAAACUCCCCAUCGGCGCUGGUCUUAUCCCUGGGGUUACGUCUCCGGGGUACGCAACCCCGCCGUGUAGUGGCUAAGUUUUACCAACGUCCUCCGCAGCGCCUGUCAUGAUGCUUCACUCACCUUAGGCGAAGGUAACUACCUAAGGGAGGUACCUAGCUAAGGUACCUAAGGUAAGGUCCAGUAGCUGCAACCCCUCAUCUUGCUUCUUUUCUUUUUUCUUUCCCCGCCUCAGUCAAGUCGUCGUCGGCGUUGUUGGUCGUUGCUGGAACAGAACUCUCUUCAGACCUUUUACACAUAGUUCAAACCACACUACCAUCUCGCUGCUCCAUCAUCCCAGCAUCGCAACGUUCGAGGACUUCAGCGUCUUCUGCACGAGUCAAAUCACGUCUCAACCAAUAGAAUACCAUAUCCAGGAGAGCCGUGGAACACCCCGUUGAAAGCGCAUGUCAAGUUCGCCUCCCCUGCCACCUUGGGAUCCGUCAGAUCACUGGAGCCCCUCAAUUGCGAUCCAUAGCUCUACGUAAGGCGGUGCAGCUUCCCCGGCCCAGCCUGGGCAACCGUCGCAAUCAGCCGACCGUUGACUUCUUCAUCUCUCGGCGCCUCGUCAAUAAUCCCCUCAGCCACCACAAAACAAGCGGCCUUGCAAAGUGAAAAGGCGUUGCUCCUCGAAGAAGACUUAGGCUUAGCCGACAUCACGAGCUUCUAGACAGCAAGUCACUAAAUUGCAGCAACAGCAUAGCGAGUCGCCAACCACCAUCGAAACCCCGCCCUUGAUCGUUCUGCCCAUCUCGCUACACCAUCCCGAGUAGACCGUCCCAUACUAGGUUGCACCAACAUCUCCCGAUCGAACCAAGUCAUGGACGCAACACCGACGUCCGGGGCACACAAUGACGAAGCCAUCAUAACCUCACCUCCUGCUGUCCCUCAGCGAACUCCCUCCCAGACGAGCCUGCACAAGACGACCCACGUCCACACCCAUCGUCAGAGCUUCGCCGAGAAUCUGAGAAAUGCGCCUGGCUCGCCUCGCGCUCAGCGACAUCCCUCCUUCACCCAAGCUGCUGUACAGGAUCUUCUCAACCAUCCACCUGCCGCCAACAAGCACUCGAAUCCGCGCUUUGCAGGCCGCGACUGGCGCGACAUCUCGGUCAACGAGCUCGUUGCCCAAGAUGACUUCAGAUGGGUUACUCUGGACACCAGUGUUGAAGAGGCCUCAAUGACUCUUGUCAAACACAGCCCGUCCAACGUCGUUCUGAUCCGAGAAGAUGCAUCGUCUAAAACCGCUGUUUCAACAUUUGACUACAAUGACCUAAACACCUAUCUUCUUGUAGUUGUAGGACUCGCCAGGCCAGACGAGGAGCAGGUACCCCUGUACGACGAAAUCGUGAACAAGGCCCAGACAGGAGCCCGUAUAGCCCUACGAGAUAUCCAGCCGCUUUGCCGCAAGGAGUCACUCAUCACCCUGCCCUUUGAUGAGACACUGGAACGGGCCAUCGAAGUCUUUGGCAGCGGCAUUCACCGCGUUCUGGUCACAAACCCCUCGGGCGACGUAAUUGGCAUCCUCACUCAGCUCAAGGUCAUUGAGUUCUUCUGGAACGAAGGCAUCAAUUUUCCCGCCAUCGAUAGGUUAUACCCCGUCCUGUUGCGCGAUCUCGGUAUCGGCACGCAGCAAAUCGUUUCCGUCAACUCCGACAGCAUUCUAGGAGACGCCCUGGCGCUUAUGAACGCCGAGGGUCUGACGAGUGUGGCUGUUAUUGACAACGGCCACAAUGUUGUUGGAAACAUCUCAACCGUGGACGUCAAGCAUUUGACGAAUGCCGCCGACGCGCCCUUGCUCAAGCAAUCCUGCAUGCACUUCAUCUCUGUCAUCCUAGGCGAGCGCGGCGUCGAGCACGGCCGCGACUCUUUCCCGGUCUUCUACGUGAACCCGUACUCGACGCUGGCGCACACUGUAGCAAAGCUGGUGGCCACCCAGUCUCAUCGCAUGUGGGUUGUUGAAUCCGCAUCUCCGUCUCCGUCCGCACCGGCUACUCCCUUGUUGGCGCCCACAACGUCGUCAGUGCUGGUGCCGGGCAUUGGUUCCGCGCCUCAGUCGCCUCUCCCGACUCAGGUUUCACACGUCGUACCUGCUGCGGCCAUGCCAGGCGCCCAUCUCUCCGGCCGUCUGACCGGUGUCAUCUCGCUGACCGACAUCUUGAACAUGUUUGCAAAGUCGUCGGGACUGCGGCCGUCGGACCCGGGCGAGCAGCGAGCGCGCCGUCGCAGGAGCUCCAGCAGCUCUAUGCGGCCAAGUCUCGACUCGUCGAGACCGAGCCUUGACUCACGUCGAUGAGAAGACUUGGUCUUUGGCAAAUAUGGAGCAACAACGAAAUCCUAGAAAGCUUUUACAUCAGCUUUUAAUGACUGGCGUUUACGGGUUCGUCACAUGGGGCUUCUGCUUUGGCUAGAGCAUGCUUGUGCUCACUUUUUAUGCUUUUUUCUGUUUCCAUUAGACGGCCGAAGCUUCAGACGAGAUAUUCUAGAUCACUGUCGAUAACAGGCG